AUGAACUCUGAUGGCAACUGAAAACUUAUGAACAGGAAGUAGAGGGGGAUUGUUUAAAUGCGUAAUUAUCUGCUAUUGUUAUGAUAUACUUAUUGAUACAGAUAAUUUAAUAAUAGAUUUGUCACUUUUUUACCGUGAUUGAUACGCCCCAGCAGUUACUCAACCGUUUUAAUCAUUUUUACGGACAGCAAUAAAAAUGCCUCGAAAUAGUUCACUUCUAUACUACAUUUUGUAUAUCUCAAUUGGAUUUGUUUAUCCUGCAUACUGCUCUUUGAAUGCUUUGAAUACUCCAGAUAAAAAAGAUGAUUCCAUAUGGCUAAUUUAUUGGAUCGUUUUUGCAAUUUAUACUCUCUUAGAAGUGGGACUGGAUAUGAUUUUAUUCUGGCUUCCAUUAUACUCCUACCUCAAGCUUUUUUUUCUUUUAUGGUGCGCUGCACCCAUUGGAAAAAACGGAGCUUAUUACAUCUUUAAAAUAUUUAUUGAACCAUUUUUCCGAAUGUAUGGAGGACAUAUCAAUUAUUAUCUCACUCAAGUUGUAGAAACUGCAAAGAGUUCUGCCGAUUACAUUCCAGCAUAUCCAAAAUAAGUUUAUGUGUCAUUUCUUCAUUGAACUGCAUCAUUCCUGUUAGUAUUUGUCUUUUGAAGAUAACUGUUUGUGCCAAAAUUUUGCGGAUUGAAAGUAUUAAAACUCAUUAUAUUUCAUUUUAAUAAAAUCUAUAUUUUACGCUUAAAA